UCCGAAUCGGUAGAUUUGCAAGAUUUGCAAAUCGCAAUUUCGCAUUCGCUACUGAGUAAGUGAGUACUGACUAGCGACUACUCACUACUGACUGAGUAGUGACUGUUCCAUCUUCCAGAAUAAAAAAUAGUGGAGCUACCUAAGGUUUGUAGCAUUAGUUUAACAUGGCGCAUUGUUGGCUUUAAGUGACAGCUUGAGGGAGUGGUACUUGAUAUUGACAAACGACAUUGUGGUUAUUAAUACUUUUUCUCAUCUAAUUCAUGUUACCGGAUAACCAACACUGAAAAUGAGUGAGGUAAGCAUAGCUUCAGCUCGUGCUUCGGUUAUGGUGUAUGACGACACGAACAAACGUUGGAUUCCAAGUGGCUCAUCGUCCGGUCUUUCGAAGGUGCAUAUUUAUCACCACCAAAUCAAUAAUUCUUUCCGUGUCGUCGGAAGAAAGCUUCAAGACCACGAAGUCGUAAUCAAUUGUGCCCUCGUACGUGGGUUGAAGUACAAUCAAGCUACUCCUACUUUCCAUCAGUGGCGUGAUAGUAAACAAGUUUACGGCCUUAAUUUUAGUAGUAAAGAUGAUGCUGAUGCAUUUGCUGUUGCUAUGCUUCGCUCAUUGGAGACGAUGAACAGCAGUGUUCCUCGUUCUACACCUCCGCAAAUUCCUCAGGCUAUUUAUCAAGCACCCAACGGACCCGGAUUUGAAGAAGAAAAUACUUACAUAGUUCAGCAAGAAAGACGGUUAUCACAACAACAACAGCAAGGACUGAAUCAUUCUACCAGUAACCCUGCAAUGCAACCAAUGAAUACACAAUCUGUUGGCCAUCAGAGAAAUAAUUCUGCUCCAUUAGCUCCUCCUUUGCCUGCCGGUCCCCCAGCCCCUCCUCCUCCACCGCCGCCUGCCCCUGUGUUGCCGGGAGGUCCAGUUCCUCCUCCUGCACCCCCUCUUGCUCCACCGGUUCCAUCUAUGAUAUUGAAUAGCGCUCAACUUGCCCAGCCGACUGGUGGAUCAUCCCCAAUCGGUGCGGGCGGGCCACCGCCUCCACCACCUCCGCCACCUGGUCUUGGAAGAUCUUUGAGCAACGAUGGUGAUCCUGGAUCUCUCGCAAAUGCCCUCAAAAAUGCUAAGCUGAAGAGGAGCAACAAGCAGUCAGCAGAGAGCAGCAGCAGUAGCAGUAGUAGCAGCAGUAGUACAUACGGUACCAUAGGUCGAGGACAAACUGAACGUCCGGGUAUAGGCGGAAUAGGUUCCAUGAUGGAUGAAAUGGCGAAGACGCUUGCUAGACGCCGUGCUGCUGCUGAAAAUAAAGACGUGGCUCAACCGGAUGAUAUAACCGACAAAAAAAAUUUCGGAAACAGUAAAAUAAAUGGGAGUAGCAUAUUAUCUGUUCCUGGAAGUGGUGAUUCCCCUCAAGGAAAUAGGAAACGAAGUGGAUCUACCGGGGAAGAGUCUAAUGGCCGUAUAGGUAACGGUUCUGACGUCACGCUCGAUUUCGAUCUUCUUAAGCAAGAAUUGGUAUUGGAAAUCCGAAAAGAAAUGAAUAGAGUCAAACAGGAAAUUAUCGAAGUAAUUCGACAAGAAUUAGGUCGGCGAUAAAGAGUGCAGAGGAACCCACGAAAAGUUUUAAUUUUUUUCACCAGUUUUAUCAUUUCAUUUACUGUAUCUUGGCCCUCCCUUAAAAGAAUCGCGCAUAUUUAAUCCCAACACUGCUUAAUUCUUUCUACUCGUUUUUUAUGACGUUCCAUAACGUUCGUCGGAACUCUACCGACAAUUUCUUCUGAGUUGACUCCCUAGCUGACGUACUUUGAACAAGUUUGAAUUGAAUAGUCCAGCCGAUGUUGAAUGUCUUCUAGUGAUAACGUGAAAGUUUCAUUUCAUUUUGAUGGCGGAAUUUGAUUAACCCUAUUCUCCUAAUUAGUAAAACACAAAAGCCAUACUAUUUUGCUGUCGGUCAACUAUUCUGGCGUCGUUGCCCAGUCUGUUUUCUUUCUUUUUUUUUCCCCUUUUUUUUUUUUUUGCAUUGAAAGAUAUUUUCUGCCCUUGAAUGAAUAUGAACGAGGUUCCGCCAUAAGUGUGUUUUACAGCGUAACCCCUUCAAUCUCAACAUUUUUUUUACUGCAAUAUUGUUUUAUCCUUAAAACGUUUUCUUUGUGUCAAUUAAAGCUAUCAUGGCAAAGAAAACCUAAUUGGGCUGUUCCGUAUACCGAUUUAAAAGUUUCACCAACGAAAUAAAUUAUGUUAUACCCCUAAAUGAUCCUCCGUUGCUUUGCUAGUUUUCAACAUUUUGUUCUUCAAUUUUCAACGCCUUUGCCUCGAGAUCAUAAGUUGAUUAUGUUAUCGACUUCAGCACCUCAAAGAAUUCCAUUCGCGAUGUUUUUUGAAGACCAAAUUAUACCUUUUCAAGACGAUGAAACGUAUUAAUCACUUCAUUCCAACUUUUAUUUCGUUGGAAUUCUUCUUGUCGUUUUGUAAGCUUUAAAGUGUGCAUUGUCAUGAUACUGUAGUCUGUUGUGUAAAUCUCAAUUGAUUACUCAAUGACUUUGAGAGGUGAAUAAAAACAUGAUUUUCUGCCCUUCA